CCCCCCCCCAGUUCUGAUACCUGCCGUCUUUGCUCAGAUGAUACGGGAGAUUAUAUUGAUAAUAUUAAAUGCAAUAACUGUGGCUCCAGCUCCUCUCCCCGCGCUGAGCGCUGCAGGAUAAAAAUCAAUGUGCCAUUCAAUGUGAUUUAUAGCUGAAAAUAAUAGGGCUUCUUUGGCAGGAAGGGGGGCGCAUAACAGGACGGCAUGCACUGGGACAGACCGAGAAUGAUCGAGAAUGGCGGUUUGGCCUAGGUGGAAGUGGAGCUGAUGAUUGGGGCAAUUGCUUGUGUGAUUUAUUAGAUGAUGAAGAUCUAAUCUCCAACCUGUUACAUUAAUAACAGCAGCUCUGACUGCGUCAUGUGGACGGACAUUUAUUGCCGGUAUCGAUCGGCAGCUAUCACUGUUUAUCGCCACGGGAAUGCAAGGGUAAACAUGCCCUUUGUGAACCACAGAUGAGCUGUAAUCAAGGUGGGGUGAUGGGGAAGGGGAGAAGGCAGAUAGAAAAGUGUAGGAGUAGGGGCAUGAAGAGGAACCACUCCUGCCAUUCCAUCUUAAAGGGAUAGUUCACCCAAAAAUGAAAAUUCUGUCAUUAUUUACAUACUAACUCACUUCUAUACUCACUGUGUGGAAAAAAGAUGCAAUAAAAGUGAAUGGUGACUGAGGCCAACAAUAUCCCUAACAUCUCCUUUUGUGUUCACUGGAUUAAAGAAAGUCAUAUCAGUUUGGAACAACAAAAUGUUUCAUAUUUAGGUGAAUUAUUCCUUUAAAAAAAAGUCAUGUCAUUUCACCCAUGUACAUGCUACAGUGUCAGAGAUAACGAGACACGGCUAUCAGCAAGGUGAUCACUUUGAUCAAAGGGAAUUACUAAUCACUGGCAUCAAUGCCUGGGAUAUCUGUACUCUGUCUUUCACACUGAUGAAACAGAUCGGCCUUAAUAAAAGGAAGAUGCUCACCGUCUGUUGGCAGCGGUUUUCGUUUCCAAUUCUCGCUUGGUAAAUCAAAGGGAGGGGAGGGGAGUGGGGGGGAGACACAAAAACCACCCCUGUUUGGUGAGAAUUACAUAGACUGAUUGAAUUGAAGAACCUAAACAUGAAACAUAGCGAUGUUAUGUGGCAAUGUGACAUGAAAAUAAUAGAAACAUUUAACGUUAUAUAAAAUAUGUGAGGUCAUAUAAUAAUGUAAAGUUAGCCUGUCAUUAUCUCAAAUUGAACACUGACAGAGUAAUAAAACCUCUCAAUGACAUUACAUUAUUUUGUGAUAAUGACUGGCUGACUGUACAUUUUUCUGCUUAUUAAACAGCUAUUUUAUAAAUAAAUAAAUACAACCUCAAUUCUGAAAAAGUUGGGACAGUAUAAAAAAUGCUAAUAAAAACAAAAAAUGAGUGAUUUGUAAAUUAUAUUCAGCCUUUGCUAAAUUGAAAGCACUACAACUAAACAAUAUAUGAUGUUUUACCUUGUGAAUUUCAUUGUUUUUUUUAUGUACAGUAAUUUCAAAUCAGAUGAUUGCAACACACCAAAAAAGUUGAGACGGGGCAAUUUAAGACGAAUAACAGUUUGACGAGUUAAAAUAACAAGGCAAUGUGAAACAGAUGUUAAACAGAACCAAGAACGCACGAGUCCCUGGCAUGGCAGGACGAGGCUGAGGAAGAUGAGAAAGGACUGAAUCGCUGUUCUGAACAUGAGGAGGAGGAGGAAGAUGGAGAAGGGGAACCCAAGUGGAAUGGCCCAGAUAAUCUGAUGCUGAGUGGGAGUGCUGAUGACUUCAAGGUCCUGGCCCUCAGGGACCUGUCGGCUGACACUGUGUGGGGUCCAUUUUCUGGCAGCAUCCAAUCAGAGGAGUCCAACAAUGGACUUGCCAGUGAGAGCCCCGUAAUGUCUCUUGAAUGUGAAGAAGCAGACUGCUGGCUCAGAAAGGUUCCUGUGACCUCUUGUGCCACAGACUCAAACUGCACCAUCUACAGUCAAGAAGGAGCAUUAUUCUGUAAGCUCACACAGGAGUUGUCUGGUGGAGAUUCACUUCUGGCAACACUGUCCUCCUCCACCGUGGAUCAGUCGAUGGAGACUCAGACCCCCAGUGUGCUUGUGAAGGAGGAGCCUGCGUACACUGCUGCUCUGCACUCUGAGAUCCAGCUCCUCCCACAACAGGCUGGCAUGGCUGCCAUCUUAGCAACUGCUGUCGUUAAUAAAGACAUUUUCCCAUGCAAAGACUGUGGGAUCUGGUACAGAAGUGAGCGAAAUCUCCAGGCCCAUCUUAUGUACUAUUGUGCGAGCCGACAGAAGCAGCAGACCCCAGCCUCUCCUCCACAGGACAAGCCCAAAGACUUGUACCCUAACGAGAGGCUCUGUCCCUUUCCACAUUGCAGCAAAAGUUGCCCCAGUGCAAGCUCUCUGGAGAUCCACAUGAGAACACAUAGUGGAGAGCGUCCAUUUGUGUGUUUGAUUUGCCUGUCAGCUUUCACCACUAAGGCAAACUGUGAGCGACACUUAAAAGUGCACACAGACUCACUCAGUGGUGUGUGUCAUGGCUGUGGGUUCAUUUCCACAACGAAAGACAUCCUGUACAGCCACCUGGUCACCAGUCACAUGGUUUGCCAACCUGGCUCUCGCAGUGAAGUGUACUCACCCAAACUCGCUCUGGCUACAGGCUUGAGUCCAGGAGACUCUGGCAUUGUUCUGAAAUGUCAAGUGUGUGGCUACUCCGCAGAUACACCUACCCUACUCCAGCAGCAUGUCCACACACACCUGCAAGUGAGGGUUCCAGCAGAGAGGAGCCCUACACCUCGCCAGAGCAGUCCUUCAUCCACUGAGCUCCUGGAGAUGCAAGACAGAGAGCCUGCUGCCUGUGUGCCCAGACCUGACUCUUCCAGUCCUGGUGCCAAUGGCAGCUCAGCCACCUCUCAUGGCUGCAGUCCCCCUACCCCACUAAACAUCAAAGAGGAGCCACGCUCAGACAAUGAAAAUGACUCCAAGGAGGAAGAAGAACAGGUGGGUAGCCUUCAAGGAAAUGCAGUGGAGGCAAGCUCAUCUCAGUCCACUUCACCUAGAAGCCCCUCGGCGGUGGCAGUUAAGGAAGAGCCGACCAGUCCCACCCCAGGUUCCAGCCCUGUACACACAGGAACAGGGGGUUCGGUUCUUCCUGGAGGUGCUUUGUUCUUGCCGCAGUACAUGUUCAAUUCUGAGGCAGCCAUAAUGCCACAAGCAUCUGAAAUCCUGGCUAAGAUGUCUGAGAUGGUUCACAGUAGGCUUAAACAGGGACAGGGACCAGCAGCUGGACAGCAGGGCUUCUACCCGCCUGGUUCUCCUGCCAGUGUUCCCAAGGGAGCAUCUUGCUUAGAAUGUGACAUUACCUUCAAUAACAUCAAUAACUUCUAUGUUCAUAAAAGGCUUUACUGCUCUAGCAGGCAUCAGCAAGGUGAGGUAGCAGGCCUGUUGAAGGAAGGGGCAUCUGCUGCAGCUGCGCCCCCCGUUGCCCAUGCUGCUUCACCAAAAGCCAGGCCAGUAAGCCGUGCAGCCUCUGACUCUCCUAACUACUCCGAUCCUGCAACAGGAAGCACGGCCUCAGAGCCCAAGUUAGUGGAAGUAAAAAGUGAGGAUCCAGGGCUGAAGGAUACCACUUGCUCCUCUUCCUCAGAGGGAGAGGGGGCUGGGGGAGGACAAGCCAGCGAGGGUAGCCAGAGUCCUAGUGGUUCUGCUGAAGACACAGAUGAUGAUCCCACUCGUACCUUCUGCCAGGCCUGCAAUAUCCGCUUCAGCCGUCACGAUAACUACAUUGUGCACAAGCGGUUCUACUGUGCUUCGAGACAUGACCCCACUAACCAGCGCCCUCAUUCUGGCAAGGCCGCCUUCUUGCCCCAACCCAUCCGCACUCGCAAACGCAAAAAAAUGUAUGAGAUCCACAUGGCUCAAAGUGAGGCUCUUGCUAAUGCUACCGCUUUAAAGUCAGCAACAAGUCUGGGUGUGAAGCAGGAGGGCACUGGUGGCCUUUCCGUUCCUUCGCUGUCCCAGGUGUCCACUCUAACCCAUGGCUCCAGUCCUGAAGGCGAUGGCCCCAUUGACUUAAGCAAAAAACCACGACUGAGAGAGAACCAGAGAGGAAGCAGCAUUGCCGCUCUGCCCCUCACCGACUACCACAAGUGCACCGCCUGCAGCAUUAGCUUCAACAGCAUUGAGAACUACUUGGCCCACAAGACGUACUACUGCCCUGCAACUACCCUGCAGCCUCAUACGCUGGAACAUCUGAACCGGCUGAAGAGACCUGCCUCCACUUCACCCAAGAACCGAGCCAUGGACCUGCACCCUGACACAAAGGGGCUUCAGACUGGUAAAACUGCAGCAGUCACACACCCUUCUGCCUUACCCGGCCCAGAGUCAAACCCUCCAAAUUCUGCACUUGGAGCAAAGACCCCCAGCACCUCCCCAGUGGUGUGUCCCUACUGUCCUCCCAAUAGACCGCUGACCUGUGGUCUGAUGGAGCAUUUCAAAACAGUUCAUGGUCUUGUGCUCGCACUACAGCAACAUCCUGAGACACAGUCAGCUGGAGUCAGUCCCAGUCCUAGCCUUAGCCCACGUGAUGGAGCCCCGCUCACCCCUCCUAAACCGAGCCCCUAUCCACGUAGGGACAGUGUCAAUGGCCAGAGUAUCAAGUUGGAGGCAACCUCUCCAUCCUCACCUGUGCUCAAUGGAAGCCCACUAGAACCCCAGUCUGUAGGGGCUGGUUCUCCAAAAACUGCACCCCCUGCCAUCUCCCCCACAGGAGUUUCUCUAACUGUGUCACCUGUGCCUGAAGCAGUAAGAGAGGUGGGGCAGAUGGGCCACACCCCCAUGCCCUCACCCCUCCCUGAAAAAGUGACUCUUUCUCUAAGCCAUGCCCACCCAGCUCCAGCCAUGCCCAAAACUCCCCUCGCCUCUCCUUUGCAGAACGGGAACAUGCGUUAUUGCCGACUGUGCAACAUCAAAUUUAGCAGCCUCUCCACCUUCAUAGCACACAAAAAAUACUACUGUUCUUCCCACAGUGCCGAACAUGUCAAGUGAACCCUUUAUCUAGUAAAUUCUGCCAUUCCUCUCAUGCAUAGAAGUGCCAACCAUGGCACUGCCCAACCUGAUCUGGACAGAGUAUGCUCGCGGGACUGUUACUAGCCAGACACGGAGGGUCUCCGUGGCGACCCCAUUGUUUCUGGUGUUGUUACUAUGGUAACUUAUUACAUGUUAUGGGUCAAGUUUGUAAUACACUAAGAGAUGAGACUACCUGCACAUAAGAAUGUGCCCAACUGACCUAUUUCCAUAUCCCUGCAAAGUUCUCCUUUCACCACUGAGUUUUACAAUGCAUAUGACGGAACCUAAGUAUUUAGCAUUUUUCCCUUUAAUUAGCUUUGAAAAUGCUGUUUAAAACACACCUGUGUAUGACGUUUAAUCAUCAAUGGGAUUGAAUAUGGUAAAAGAUUGUUCACCUGAGACAUUCUGUUUUAAAUCACUGAUUUGGGGUAAAUAGCAGAGAUCGCUGUAAACCUGACCUGCGUAACCUGAAUUUUUUUUUUUUUUUUCUUUUUUGUU